UUGCCAAAUUGAUUAAAAUGCUGUCAUUCGGAAAAGAAAAGAAAAUUUGUGAUGCGAAUAAUAUUCAGUGCAUUGGUGUUAAGCGCAUGUCUACAUAGACUGCUCAUAUGUGCGGCUGGCACUACAGAGAGGAAGCUCGAUCGACGCAAGCGCUAUCUGGCGUUCCCCAAAGGAAGCUCUUUGCAGUUAGUGUACUGUUUUCUGGUGGCAGCACUUGGAUCUCAGAACAUUUUCACCGUGGGAAUAACUCUGGGACUGGCUUGGGAAAUUCCGUCCAGAAUUCCCUCCAAAAUUCCCUCCAGUAUUACCUCGCAGCACAUCAUUAGAAAGAGACAAGAUGGAGAUAGUCUCUAUCCGAGACUUGAAGCAUUCCUUGACAAGUUAGGAAUGAACGGCCAAUCCUGUGUUAUGAGAGCCAUAUGUGAAGCCAUGUAUCGCAAGUCUACCACACUGUCUUUCAUCGAAGAAGUGAUACAUUCCGUGUUCACGUAUCCAGAAGUGAACACUGAAGAUCCGGUGCUUGGUCAAGAUAGUCCCUAUGAUUUGCCCAGAUAUAAUGCAACAGCAUGCAUUGAUUACUAUAGGAAGUGUCCCAUCUCACUUCUUGAUCAUAACUUUGUCAGCUAGUUGAUGAAGAAUG